AUGGCGGAGCUCAGGCUGCUGGCCCUGAGAGCGGCCCACGGCCCCAUGGGCAGUUGCAUCUGGACCACUGAGGCCGGUGCCUGGAGGGUCUCCACCAUGAUGCCGGCCCACGCCCACAGGGCCUUGGUCUCCCAUCCUCGUCCCUCCCCAUCCGUUCAGAAGCUGGCCAUGCUGGCCCAUGUCCUACAGCGCCAGGGCUCCAAGAGGGCUCACGUGUCCCAGGCCCUCACAGCGAGGACUCAAGCCCAGAACCACAGCACAGCCCUGGACAGCGAGGGCAGCCAGCCAGGGGCUGGGGGCUCUCAGGGCUCCAGCCCGUCUACCCUUCAGGACCAUCCCCGAGAGGGCAACACCUACCAGCUUGCCAUUGGCCGGGGCCUCUCCAGGGUCACUCAGGAGUCUCAGGGCAGCUACAGGGUCUCCUUCCUCAGGGCCCUGCCACGGGGCGAGGAGCGGGGCUUCCACAGGAACCCACAGCUACAGCUGGGCGUGGUGCACACGGAAGGGGGCUUCGUGGAGGGUGUCAAUAAGAAGCUGGGGCUCUUUGGCCGGCGGACCCUCUUUGACGUCUUCAAGGGCAUCCCCUUGGCCGCCCCACCCAAAGCCCUGGAGAACCCCCAGCGGCACCCUGGCUGGCAAGGGACCCUGAAGACCAAGGACUUCAAGCAGCAAUGCCUGGAAAUCACUCUCACCCAGUUAAAUACCAAGGGCUCCGAGGACUGCCUCUUCCUCAACAUCUGGGUCCCCCAGGGCCAGAAGGAAGUUUCCCAGAACCUGCCUGUCAUGAUCUGGAUCUACGAAGGAGGCUUCCUCAUGGGGUCUGCCAAAGAAAAAAGCUUCUUCAAUAACUAUGAGUAUGACGGGGAGGAGAUCGCCACGCGGGGAAAUGUCAUUGUGGUCACCUUCAACUACCGCCUCGGGCUGCUGGGCUUCCUCAGCACUGGGGAUGCCAACCUACCAGGUAACUACGGCCUUCGGGACCAGCACAUGGCCAUCGUGUGGGUGAAGAGGAACAUUGCGGCCUUCGGGGGGGACCCCGACAACAUCACCAUCUUUGGAGAAUCAGCCAGAGGUGCCAGCGUCUCUCUGCAGACCCUCUCUCCCUCUAGCAAGGGCCUCAUUCGGCGAGCUAUCAGCCAGAGCGGCAUGACGCUGGUCCCCUGAGCCAUCCAGAAGAACCCUCUCUCCUGGGCCAAGGGGAUCGCCAAGAAGGUGGGCCGCCCCUUGGACAAUACCGCCAGGAUGGCCAAGUGUCUGAAGGCCACCAACCCCCGGGCCCUGACACUGGCCUAUAAGAUGCCCUUGUUGGGCCAGAAGUACCCCUUCCAGAACUAUUUGGGCCUCCUGCCUGUCGUGGAUGGAGACUUCAUCCCCGAUGACCCCAUGAACCUUUUUGCCAACGCAGCCGACAUCGACUACAUCGCUGGCACCGACAUGGACGGCUACAUCUUUGCCAGCGUUGACUUGCCAGCCAUCAACGUGGACUUGCUGACUGUCACAGGGGAGGACUUCUUCAAGCUGGUCAGCCAGGUCACCAGCAAGGGGCCCAGAGGUGCCAAUGCCACGUUUGACUUCUACACGGCGUCCUGGGCAGAGGACUCCUCCCAGGAGGCCAAGAAGAAGACGGUGGUGGACCUUGAGACCGACGUCUACUUCCUGAUGCCCACGAAGAUGGCCGUGGCCCAGCACAGAGCCAACGCCAAGAGUGCCCGGACCUACUCCUACCUGUUCUCCCACCCGGCUCGCAAUCCGUUGUACCCGAGCUGGGUGGGCGCCAACCACGGUGAUAACCUUCAGUACGUGUUUGGGAAGCCCUUCACCACCCCCCUGGGCUACCGGGCCCAAGACAGGACUGUCUCCCGGACCAUGAUGGCCUACUGGACCAACUUUGCCAGAACUGGGGACCCCAACCAGGGCCACAUGGCUGUGCCCACCCAAUGGGAGCCCUACACCCAGGAAAACGGCAACUACCUGGAGAUUAACAAGAAGAUGGAUGGCCAGUCCAUGAAGCAGCACCUGAGGAGCAGCUACCUGCAGUACUGGACCCAGACCUACCAGGCACUGCCCACCGUGACCGGGGACGGGGCCGCGCACAUGCCCCCCUCAGACGACUCUUUGGCCAUCACCAUGCCCCCCUCGGACAACUCUGAGACCCCCCCUGAGCUCCCCACUGGUGACUCUGAGGGCGCUCAGAUGUCCGCAGCCAUCGGCUUCUAAUGUCCUGGCCCCAGAGGCCACAGGUGAGACCCAGGGAGCCCACCACCCUCCCCAGCUCUUCCUGAAUAAAGCCGCUUCUCUCUCUGGCAA